AUGACUUCGUCCCUAUGGACAAAAUUCUCAAUGCCAGCUUGGCUUGGUUUUCUCUUGCUUGCUUUAUCCUCCAGCAUCCAGUUUGUAUCGGCAACAGUCCCUUCAUCGAAGCGCUUUGAUCUAUCGAAGCCCUCCUAUGACCUAUUCAGAAGCAAGUCUUUGUAUGAUGUCACAGUACAACAAGGGUUCGCCUUCGAUAAUGUCAAUCGGCGAUUGUUUGUUGCACAGCGCCGGGACGGCUCCUCCGAAACAUCUGGCGAUCUGUGCAUUACUCAACUGGACUUUGACGGUAACUACGUGGCUCAUAUGUAUCUGACCGACUUUGGCCACGGGGUUUCCUUCGGAGCUGAAGGUGUCGGGUCAUCGACUUACCUCUGGACCGAGGUCGAAGCCAAUUCAAAUGGGUAUGGAAAGAAACUGGCCCGUUUUAAAUUCGCCAGCAGCUCCACUUUGUCCUCGACAUCUGCAUCGCUUGUCAAGUUUCAACCCAUCUCCGAUGCCACUGAACAUACGUGCUCCAUUGACCCCGUGAACAACCGCCUGAUUGUUCGGUACAAUGUUAGCACGGGCAAACGCAUCGCUGUGUUCGAUCUAGACGAAGCGACUGGUGGCAAUUUCACGAAUCCCUUGGCGGAUUUCAAGCAUCCUCCUGUAAACACUGCAUCGGACACAUUUCAGGGGUAUGCUGCUUAUGGUCAAUACAUCUACCUUUUAACGGGAAAUUCGUAUGAUGUUACGGACAACGAGGUCAAUUCUGAAGUGACUAGUGUGGACAUGAAUACUGGGAAGGUUGUUCAAGGUCCUACGUUGACUACAGCUGGAUCUACAUUGUCAUUCCGUGAGCCAGAAGGGCUGGCGAUCUAUGAGACAGUCGCGGGGGAAGUUCGGCUGUUCCUGGGUUUUGCCUCGGGCACGGCCGGCGACCGGAGGUCGAACCUCUUCUACAAGAAUGUUUUGAUAUAA